AUGUCAAAUCGACCGCCGUCAUUGAGGUCAUUGCGCAAAGCUUCCACGCUGCCGCAGCUAACUCUAAGUGAAGCGUUCGGUCGUUCUGCAACUGUUGCUGCGGGAGCUGUUGCUGCAGCGAAAAAAUCUGAUAUUUCCUCGAGUGGCGAUGAGGGUUCUUCAACAGGUGAAGAGUCAGACGAAGUGGUAGUAGUUGAAGAGGUCGCAGGAGAAGUAGCCCAGGCUGCCAGGUCUACCGCGGUGGAUAAACCCGACGAGGUUGAUGUAGUCGCUUCAGGCGGCACUCCAAACGACAUUGGAGAAGGCUACAACCUUGCAUCACAAAAGUGGACCUGUUUGCCGUCAUCGUUGUCCUCUGAUGAGAAGCGUCGCUUGGUCGACCACCACUUUGUGCCAGGGCCGAAACACGACUUUCCUGUCCACACAGGAAAUGAUGGCAGAAACCGUCGUUUUCGUCACCAGUGGCUAGAGGACAACACGUGGCUGGUCUAUUCACCCAAAUGCGACGGGGGGUUCUGUCUUCCGUGCCUCCUAUUUCCCAGUGGUGCGGAUCAGGGACAGCUCACAGCAAGACCUAUGUCCAACUUCAAAAAGGCCACCACUUUGCUGGACAAACACGGCUCACAGGCAACCCACAAAGACGCUGUUGCCAGGCAGGGCCAGUUCAAAAAGGUCGUGUCUGCUGGGCAGCCUGAUGUGGUAGACCAGCUUGUGGAUGCGCAUGCCAUUCAAUCUCAGGAGAAUGAGCAGAAGCUGAAGGGGAUCCUUGAUUGCGUAAUAUUUUGUGGCAAGCAAAAUCUUGCAUUCAGAGGCCACAGGAAUGAGACCCUGUGUGUCAGUGUUCCAGACGCCAGGACCAAUUCUACAACCCAUGAUGAGUCAGGCGAUAUCUCCUUGACUGCAGCUGACACAAACCCUGGGAAUUUCAUCUCUCUGUUGGAGUUCCGGGCCAAUGCUGGUGAUGCGUCCAUCAUCCGCGACUUUCACCUGCACGCUGGUGGGGCUGGGCACAGUGUGACAUACUGCUCUGGCAAGUCUCAGAAUGAGCUAAUUGACUGCUGCGCAGAGUAUAUCCGUGAGGAGCUACUGAAGACUAUCCGUGCUGCACCAUUCGUCAGCAUCCUAGCGGAUGAGGCAACUGACACUGCCAACAUGGAACAAAUGCCAAUAGUUGUGCGGUACGUCAGUGGCUACGAGGUGAAGGAGGAAUUCCUUGGCUUCGUAAACUGCGACACUGGUAUCACAGGCAAUGCUCUUGCCACGAAGAUUAAAGGUGCCCUGGAGUCCUGGAACCUGGACCUGAAGAAGUGGAGGGGCCAAGGGUAUGACGGCGCAGCAAACAUGGCGGGUCGGCUGAAUGGUUGUGCUGCCAUUAUCCAACGUGAGCUUCCCAAGGCAGUAUACUACCACUGUAGCUCACAUGCAUUAAACCUAUGCAUCAUGGCAGCAUCCAAGAUAAGUCUUGUGUCCAACAUGUGGACGGCUCUUCGGGAGGUGUCACUGUUCUUUGAGAACUCGCCCAAGCGUCAACUAAAACUUGAGAAGAUUAUCGACGAGACACCAGACAACGAAAUGAACAACAGCCAGAAGAAGAAGCUUGUCAGCCUCUGCCGUACCAGGUGGGUUCAGCGGCAUACAGCGCUGGAUACCUUUGCAGAUUUAUUCCCUGCCGUUGUUGCCACGAUGGAGGCCAUCGCUGAUGACCGAGCCCACUGGAGUGCAGAUACAUGCGGCAUGGCUUCAUCUCUGCUGCGGUCAAUUACCGAUUUCUCUUUCCUGGUAACAUUUGGAGUCGUGUAUCAUGUGAUGGCCUACCUGGUCGGCCUUUCCGUGGGCCUCCAGGAGAAGUCCUUGGAUGUGUGCCGGGCGUAUAAGCAAAUUGCCAACACCAAAGCCACGCUGGAGAAAGUCCGGGCAGACAUCGACAAGUCCCACGCAACAUGGUUUACGAAGGCAGUUGAUAUGGCUAGAGGUGUCAAUGUUCAGCCCUCCAUACCACGUACAUGUCGACGCCAGCAAGGUCGUGACAAUGUACCAGCAGCUACUUCGGAGGAGUACUACCGCAGAGCAGUGUCUGUUCCCUUGCUCGAUGAGCUUGUUGGGGAGUUCAACAGUAGAUUUGGACCCCUUCAGCUCAAGAUCGGCAAGGGCAUGUCCAUUUUUCCCGACUGUCUAUUGGCCAACCCGGAGCAAGCUAAAGCGGAUGUGCUGAGCUUUGUCAAAGAUGCCGAGGAUGAUCUUCCCGUGGGCUGCAGCUUUAUUACCUUUCAAGCGGAGCUUGACAUCUUCCACACUGUCCUCACAAAGUGUCCAGCGAACCAGCGGCCAACUAGCCUUACACAGUGUGCCAAGAUGGCUGACGAGAGCCUUUGCAAGGGUGUCGCCCAAGUGCUAACGCUUCUUGCAACCCUGCCUGUCACGACGUGCACGUGUGAAAGGAGCAUCAGCAGCUUGCGUCGCUUGAAAACCUACCUGCGGAGCACUAUGACAGGAGAACGGCUCACUGGCUUGGCGUUGCUCCAUGUUCACUAUGCAAUGCCCGUGGACAAGAAUGAGGUGUUGAAGAUCUUCUUCCGCCGCAGCCCUCGCCGUGUUCUCUCGCAGUAUGAUGACAAGUAG